GAGGCGGCCCCAGCACCCCCCUUCUUCUGCCCCCCGCCCCCGAGCCGCGGCCAUGGACCCGGCGGAUCUGGCCUGCCCUGGCCCAGCUCAACACCUGAUUUCGGUGAGGUGACCGUUCCGGCGGCUAGCGUGAGUGUGCCGGCCUGGGUGAGGAGGCAGAGACAGCCUGCCGGGGCGUCUCUCACUUGUUCCAGGGCCUGAUGUCAGAGGCCAUGGACCAGCCCGCUGGGAGCCCUGGAAAGCCGAGGCCGGGAGAGGGUGGUGACAGUGGCACGGAACCGGGCACCUGCCAGGAGCUCCUGCACCGACUUCGGGAGCUAGAGGCAGAGAACUCGGCGCUUGCCCAGGCCAAUGAAAACCAGCGGGAGACCUAUGAACGCUGUCUAGAUGAGGUUGCCAACCAUGUGGUGCAGGCACUGCUAAACCAGAAGGACCUGCGGGAGGAGUGCAUCAAGCUGAAGAAGAGGGUGUUUGACCUGGAACGGCAGAACCAGAUGCUGAGCGCCCUGUUUCAGCAGAAACUCCAGCUGACGAAAGGCUCCCUCCCUCAGAUCCCACUUGCGCCGCUCCAGCCGCCUUCAGAGCCACCGGCUUCUCCCUCCCUGAGCUCUGCCGAGGGACCGACCACCCCGCUGCCACUGGGGCACUGUGCUGGGCAGAGAGAGGUGUGUUGGGAGCAGCAGCUGCGGCCAGGAGGCCCAGGACCCCCGGGACCCCCGGCUGCCCCACCCCCGGCACUGGAUGCCCUGUCCCCAUUCCUUCGAAAGAAAGCGCAGAUCCUGGAGGUGCUGAGGGCCCUGGAAGAGACCGACCCGUUGCUUCUUUGCUCGCCUGCCACCCCGUGGCGGCCCCCAGGCGAGGGUCCCGGCUCCCCAGAGCCCAUCAACGGCGAGCUGUGUGGCCCACCCCAGCCUGAACCCUCCUCCUGGGCCCCCUACCUGCUCCUAGGCCCUGGUAGCCUGGGAGGCCUGCUACACUGGGAGCGCCUCUUGGGGGGCCCAGGGGAGGAAGAGGGUGCUGGGCGGCCCUGGGGCCCUGGUAGGGGCUCCUCCCAGGCCCAAGGCACUGGCUCUGGGCCACCCUGUGCCCCAGGCAGCAGCAGCUCCUCCUCCUCGGAUGAGGCAGGUGACCCCAACGAGGCGCCCAGCCCUGACACCCUGCUUGGGGCCCUGGCCCGCAAACAGUUGAACCUGGGCCAGCUCCUUGAGGACACAGAGUCUUACCUACAGGCCUUCUUGGCCGGGGCUGCAGGCCCACUCAACGGGGACCAGCCAGGUCCCGGGCAGCCAUCUUCCCCAGACCAGGGCCCCCCACAGCUGUCCAAGUCCAGAGGCCUCCCCAAGUCAGCUUGGGGUGGGGGUACCCCAGAGGCCCACAGGCCGGGCUUUGGUGCUACCUCAGAGGGCCAGGGGCCCCUCCCCUUCCUCAGCAUGUUCAUGGGUGCGGGUGAUGCCCCCCUGGGCUCGCGGCCUGGCCACCCCUACUCCUCAUCUCAGGUGAAAAGCAAGCUCCAAAUUGGCCCCCCUUCUCCCGGGGAAGCCCAGGGACCCCUUCUGCCCUCUCCAGCCAGAGGUCUCAAGUUUCUAAAGCUGCCUCCAGCUUCGGAGAAGGUCCCCAGCCCAGGAGGCCCCCAGCUGAGCCCCCAGCUUCCCCGGAACUCCCGAAUUCCCUGUCGCAACAGUGGCUCUGAUGGUAGCCCCUCCCCGCUGCUGGCCCGCAGGGGUCUGAGUGGAGGAGAGCUGUCCCCGGAGGGAGCACAGGGCCUGCCCACCAGCCCUUCCCCCUGCUCUGCAGCUCUGGACUCUGCACAGCUCAGACCUCCCCAGCCAACAUUGUCCACCACGCUGUCCCCAGGACCCGUGGUCUCUCCCUGCUAUGAGAACAUCCUGGACCUUUCCCGGAGCACCUUUAGGGGGCCUUCCCCAGAGCCACCUCCAUCCCCACUGCAGGUACCCACCUACCCACAAUUAACUCUGGAGGUGCCACGGGCCCCUGAGGUCCUCCGAAGUCCUGGAGCUCCCCCCAGCCCUUGCCUCCCAGAAUCCUCCUAUGGGAGUGCCCAGGAGAAGAGUUUGGACAAAGCCGGCUCGGAGUCUCCCCAUCCUGGCCGCCGGACCCCCAGCAGCUCGUCCAAGAAGCCCAGCCAGGGGGCAGGGCGGCGACCUGGGGAUCCUGGCUACACCCCUCUGCGGGACAGACUGGCAGCCCUGGGGAAACUGAAGACUGGCCCUGAGGGGCCAGAGAAAAACGGGGUGCCAGCCAGGCCUGGCACUGAGAAGGUGCGGGGAGCAGGGAGGUCAGCAGAGAGCCCUGGAGAUGUGGCGCCUCCCACCCCCCGGCCUCCUGAGGGGCCAGAAGCCAAGGGGGCCCUGCGGGGGGCAGUGGCCUUGGGCACGAGCAGCCUGAAGCAGCAAGACCCUGGGCUCCUGGGGGACCCCGGGGCCCGAGUCUACUCCUCCCACUCCAUGGGGGCCCGGGUGGACCUGGAGCCCGUCUCACCAAGGAGCUGCCUCACCAAAGUGGAGCUGGCCAAGAGCCGGCUGGCAGGGGCCCUGUGCCCCCAGGUACCCCGCACACCUGCCAAAGUGCCCACCUCAGCCCCCAGCCUUGGCAAGCCCAAUAAGAGCCCCCAUGGCAGCCCGACGAAACUACCUUCCAAGUCUCCCACCAAGGUGGUACCCCGCCCGGUGGCCCCACCGACCACCAAGGAGCCCCCUAAGCCUGACAAGGGGAAGGGCCCACCAUGGGCAGACUGUGGCGGCGCUCCGGCCCAGCCUCCGUCCCCUGCCCCUGGUCCUGCAGACGCAAGCCAAGGCCCUGAGGGCCGGGCCCCGCACUCGGCCAUCGAGGAGAAGGUGAUGAAGGGCAUCGAGGAGAACGUGCUGCGGCUCCAGGGCCAGGAGCGGGGACCAGGCGCCGAGGCCAAGCACCGCAACGCCAGCAGCAUCGCCAGCUGGUUCGGCCUGAAGAAGAGCAAGCUGCCGGCGCUGAACCGCCGCGCAGAGGCCGCCAAGAGCAAGGAAACGGCCAGCGGGGGCUCACCGCUCCGGAAGGAGGUCAAGGUGGAAUCCCGGAAGCUGGAGGCCGAGAGCCUCAACAUCUCCAAGCUGAUGGCUAAGGCGGAAGACCUCCGCCGGGCACUGGAGGAGGAGAAGGCCUACCUGAGCAGCCGGGCCCGGCCGCGGCCCGGAGGACCGGCUCCAGGACCAAGUACGGGGCUGGGGCAGGUGCAGGGCCAGCUGGCUGGCAUGUACCAGGGCGCAGACACCUUCAUGCAGCAGCUGCUCAACAGGGUGGAUGGCAAGGAGCUGCCGCCCAAGAACUGGCGGGAGCCCAAACCCGAGUAUGGCGAUUUCCAGCCAGUGUCCUCUGACUCCAAGAACCCCUGGCCAGCCUGUGGGCCUCGAAAUGGCCUGGUGGGGCCUCUUCAGAGCUGUGGAAAACCUCCUGGAAAGCCAAACAGCGAGCCGGGAAGGCGGGAAGAGAUGCCCUCAGAGGACAGCCUGGCUGAGCCAGUGCCCACCUCACACUUCACAGCCUGUGGCUCCUUGACUCGAACCCUGGACAGUGGCAUUGGGACCUUUCCACCCCCAGACCAUGGCAGCAGUGGGACCCCCAGCAAGAAUCUUCCCAAGACAAAGCCACCACGGCUGGACCCCCCACCCGGAGUGCCCCCGGCUCGGCCCCCACCCCUUACCAAAGUCCCCCGCCGUGCCCACACGCUGGAGCGUGAGGUGCCAGGCAUAGAGGAGCUUCUGGUGAGCGGGCGGCACCCUAGCAUGUCAGCCUUCCCCGCACUGCUCACCGCCGCUCCGGGCCACCGGGGCCAUCAGACCUGUCCUGACGAUCCCUGUGAAGACCCAGGCCCUCCCCCUCCUGUCCAGCUGGCUAAGAACUGGACCUUCCCCAACGCGAGGGCAGCCAACAGCUCCACUGACCCUUUUCUAUGCCCAUCCCGACAAUUGGAGGGGCUGCCCAGGACCCCCAUGGCCCUGCCCGUGGACCGGAAGCGGAGCCUGGAGCCCAGCCGCCCAGCCCCUACACCCCAGGGCCCAGCGUUUGGAGGUAGCCGCACGCCCAGCACAUCGGACGUGGGCGAGGAAGGGAGAGUGGCCAGUGGCGGCCCACCAGGUCUGGAGACCUCCGAGUCUCUCAGUGACUCCCUCUACGAUUCGCUCUCCUCCUGUGGGAGUCAGGGCUGAGGAGCAGUGCUGCAUUAGGGCCCCUCUCUGGCGUUGGAGACCACUGACUGGACCAGCUCUCCUCGUGCCCCAUCCCUUGGGGCCCGUGGGGCCCCUCCCUGCAGGGACCAAGGAGGCAGAUGGAUCAGAAGGUGAAGGGGGUCCCUGACACACCCCAUUGCCCACCGCUGCUGUGGAGGGGAUGCCCACUCUCAGCUCAGGGAGAGACCCCACCCUUGGUCCCUUCUCUCGCCUGGAGUAAGGCUCGUCCUCUGAGGGACUGGGGGUUCAAGGUCGCAGUGUCCCGACCCCCAGCGCCCCCUUCAGGCUGAGCCAUCUUGUGGUGCUGGGCUUCCCGCCCACCAGCUGUGCCAUCUCUGCCCAACCUGGCUGCUCCCUGCCCUGGAGCCCCGUGGGGCCAGCCCCGAGUCCCCGUGCCGGUGGAGUUUGGGGGGCGAAGGGUCAAGUUGCCUUCUCUCUCUGUCUGCCCUGGUCCUCCCUGCUGUCUGGAUGGUGCUGCCCUCCCCUGCCCCAUGUCUUUGGGGUCCGUUUGUCUGUCUUUUUGUGGUUUUUUUAUAUUGAAGCGCCUGGCCCAGCCCCCACCCCCAUCCCCGCACUGCGGUUAAUUUAUCUGUCGUUAAGAACUCGGCUGCUCUGCUUCCAGCCUCUGCUUCUGCCCUAUUCCUAAUAAAACGUGGAGGCCCCUCCCUG